UUUCUACUGUUUGUCAGCGAUGGAGCGGAAAGUUGCUCGGGAAUUUAGGCACAAGGUGGAGCUGCUGAUUGAAAAUGAGGCAGAAAAGGAUUACCUGUACGAUGUCCUCCGCAUGUAUCACCAGUCGAUGGACUUGCCGGUGCUGGUGGGCGACCUGAAGCUGGUCAUCAACGAACCGAAGCGCCUCCCCCUGUUUGACGCCAUCCGGCCUCUCAUUCCGCUCAAACACCAGGUGGAGUACGACCUGCUCACCCCCAAGAGGUCACGGAAGCUGAAAGAGGUGCGUUUGGAUCGGACACACCGGGACGGUCUGGGUCUGAGCGUCCGAGGAGGACUGGAGUUCGGCAGCGGUCUUUAUAUAUCGCAGAUCGUCAAAGAUGGACAGGCCGGCAAUGUUGGCCUUCAGGUUGGCGAUGAGAUUGUGCGCAUCAACGGAUACUCCAUCUCCUCCUGCAUUCACGAGGAGGUCAUCAGCCUCAUCAAGACGAAGAAGAUCGUGUCGCUCAAAGUUCGGCAUGUGGGCAUGAUCCCAGUGAAAAGCUCGUCAGAUGAACCCCUCAAGUGGCAGUUUGUCGACCAGUUUGUGUCCGAGUCGGGGGAGAAGAAGAGCAGCGUGGCGGGCUUGGCGUCCAUCGGAGGAAAAGAGAUUAAGGAGAAGAAGGUGUUCCUCAGUCUUGUGGGCACUAAGGGAAUGGGCAUCAGCAUCUCCAGCGGGCCAACACAGAAACCUGGUAUUUACAUCAGCAAUGUCAAGCCGGGAUCCCUUUCUGCAGAAGUUGGACUUGAGGUGGGAGACCAGAUCGUGGAGGUGAACGGAGUGGAUUUCACCAACCUGGACCACAAGGAGGCUGUGAGAGUCCUGAAGAGCAGCAGGAGUCUGACUAUCACAGUUCUGACAGGAGCUGGCAGCGAGCUGUUCAUGACAGAUGAGGAGCGUCUGGCGGUGGAGGCCCGCAGGGAGCUGGAGCGGCAGGAGCUGAUGCACCAGAAGCGGGUGGCACUGGAGACCAACAAAAUCAUUAAAGAGCAGCAGGAGAAGGAGAGACAGAGGAAGAUGGAGAUCUCUCAGAAAACUGCCGAGGAAGAGGAGCGCUACAAGAAGGAGAUGGAAAAUAUUGAGGCCGUGGAGAGGAAACACAACAGAGACUGGGAGGAGGACUGGGGAGCCAAAGACAGGCCCAAAAGCCCGAAGAGUCCAAAGAGUCCGUCACCUGCUCCACCCGAGAGGAAAAACACCCCGACUCCAAAGGCCAAGAGUUCUCUUGAUGAAGCCGGCUCCUUCACGGAGGAAGACGAGGAUGAGGAGCAGGAAGCAGAAGGAUUUCAGAAAUACGUGGAAGACUUUGAUCCCUACUCCAUGUUCUCUGCAGACCAGAUAGCCGACCGAGAUGUGAGGCUGCUGAGAAUCAAAAAGACCGGACAGCUCGACUUGGCUCUGGAGGGGGGAGCUGACUCUCCUCUGGGAAAGCUGGUGGUGUCUUCGGUGUACGAGGGAGGCGCUGCAGAUAAGCACGGUGGGAUCGUCCCCGGGGACGAACUAAUGGCUGUAAAUGGGAAGAUCCUGAUCGAUGCUACGCUGACUGAGGGGCAGAACUCUCUGGCUCGAGCCUGGAAUAGUGGAGGGGACUGGAUCGAUGUCGUGAUCACCGUGUCCCCGCCGAAGGAGUACGAAGAUGAAGUGACGUUCUUCUAGUCUCAUCUACAUUCUGCCAAGACACCCGAACUGAUUAAGAAGAAGCUUUUCAUUCUUGAUUCAUUAAAGAUUCGCUGCAGUUUGAGAUGGUCUCUUUAUUAUUUGAGACUGAGCUCCCUGCCAUGUAUUAAGAUACCAUUCAGUGUCUCCGUUGUUUUCUUCACCUCUAUCAAAGCCGGAAAUGAUCGAUAUCAGACACACACAAGCUUUUCUUCCAUCUGUCAGUAUAAGAAUGAAGAACGAGUCAAAGCAGGCAAAUUGUGAUCAUUGAUUUAAUGUGCCUUUCCAAAGCUUAAUAAAGAACUGUUUAGACUAGA